AUGUCUGAAUAUAUUAAUGAGAAUCCAGAGGUGUUAGAUGAUACACAAUUGCCUACAAGAAAGGAUGAGGAUAAUGAAUUACUUUUCAAUACUACCGGUUCUAAUUCAUAUUUAGAUAGAAAGAAGAUGCUACUGAGAAUGGAUAAUUCUUCACAAUCCCAAGUUCUACAAAAUAUUGAUCUAUUAGAUAAAUUAUUUGCCUUACAUCAUCAUGAUACACCUGAUUUGACCGAAGAUGAUGAAUCAAUUGAAUCAUUUGAUGAUGAAGAUUUUGAUCAGAUUGAUGCACAGGAGAUAUAUGAUUUAAUAGCACAUAUAUCUGAUCCAGAGCAUCCUUUAACUUUAGGCCAGCUUGCUAUUGUUAACAUUGACGAUAUUGAAGUUAUUGAUAACGGGAAUAGGGAUGAAAUUUCUGAAGUUAUUGUUAGGAUAACACCUACAAUCACCCAUUGUUCAUUAGCUACAUUAAUAGGACUUGGUAUCAGAGUACGAUUGGAGAGAGCUUUACCACCAAGGUUUAGGAUUAAUAUUAUAUUAAAAAAAGGCACACAUCAAAGUGAAAACCAAGUUAAUAAACAGUUAAAUGAUAAAGAAAGAGUAGCAGCCGCUUGUGAAAAUGACCAAUUAUUAGGUGUUGUCUCUACAAUGUUAGGUACAUGUAAAUGA